GGGCAGGCGAUGGAGAGCAGAUCUGAGCUCUGGGGCCACCUUCACGCCCGCCACUGCCCAGCUGCCCGGAGCCCAGACAGCCCAGCCAGGUGCUCCAGACGCCUGCCUGAGCCCCACCAUGCUCAUGGCAUCCAGCACAUCUGCUGUGCCCCGGCCCCUCUCUCGACCUAUUCCACCAGGCAACGACAGCAAGGAGGAGCUGCCGAACUCCCGGGACCCACAGCUAGUCCAGGCGGAGUUAGCCCUGCUCUCCACGGUGUUUGUGGCUGUGGCCGUGAGCAAUGGCUUGGUGCUGGGCGCCCUGGCGCGCCGGGGUCGGCGGGGUCGCUGGGCGCCCAUGCACGUCUUCAUCGGCCACUUGUGCCUGGCCGACCUGGCUGUGGCUCUGUUCCAAGUACUGCCCCAGCUGGCAUGGGAUGCCACCGACCGCUUCCGUGGGCCUGAUGCCCUGUGCCGGGCAGUAAAGUACCUGCAGAUGGUGGGCAUGUACGCCUCCUCCUACAUGAUCCUGGCCAUGACGCUGGACCGCCACCGCGCCAUCUGCCGCCCCAUGCUGGCAUACCGCCACGGAGGCGGAGCUCACUGGAACCGGCCGGUGCUGGUGGCCUGGGCCUUCUCGCUCAUUCUCAGCCUGCCCCAGCUCUUCAUCUUCGCCAAGCGUGACGUGGGAGAUGGCACUGGGGUCGUUGACUGCUGGGCCCGCUUUGUCGAGCCCUGGGGCGUCCGAGCCUACGUCACCUGGAUUGCCCUAAUGGUGUUCGUGGCGCCUGCCCUGGGCAUCGCCGCCUGCCAGGUGCUCAUCUUCCGGGAGAUUCACGCCAGCCUGGUGCCCGGGCCGGCAGAGAGGGCUGGGCGCUGCCGUGGAGGGCACCGGACAGGCAGUCCCGGUGAGGGGGCCCGGGUGUCGGCAGCCAUGGCCAAGACCGUGAGAAUGACACUGGUGAUCGUGAUUGUCUAUGUGCUCUGCUGGGCGCCCUUCUUCCUCGUGCAGCUGUGGUCAGCGUGGGACCCCAAGGCACCCCGGGAAGGGCCCCCCUUUGUGCUGCUUAUGUUGCUGGCCAGCCUCAACAGCUGCACCAACCCCUGGAUCUACGCCUCCUUCAGCAGCAGCAUCUCCUCGGAGCUGCGCAGCCUCCUCUGCUGGGCCCGGAGGCGGGCCCCACCCAGCCCGGGGGGCCCGGACGAGUCCUGUGCCACCGGCAACUCCUCCCUGGCCAAGGACACUUCCUCCUGAGAAGCCAGGGGGCGCCUUCCUUCUGGAGGCUCUGCGACGCUCAGCCGCCUACCUGGAGCUGGCCCUGGGAGCCCCUGGGAAAAGGCGGCUGCCUGGGAAUUGGUUCCGAGGCUAAAAGCCAGAGGUCAGCUCCUUGGUGCUGGGUGUGGGGAAGGGCUAUGGCAGCGACGAUGGGCCCCAGGAUCCUGGGGUGGCACAUGCCUCCCACCCCUGCCAGUGACUGCCCCUGAGGUCCCAGGGAGCCCAGGAGGAAGGGAAGUGGGCGGGGCCUCUGUCGCCCCCCUUUCCGCCCUCCCCUCUCCUGAAUAAAAGUUCCAGCUCAUUUUCCA